AUGCUGCUCUGGAUCGUCCUGCUGAAUGCGGCUCUUUGUGUUGCCAGUGGAAAUGUUACAAGGGACGUCUGUAAGGAGCAGAUAUGCUCCUGCAACGACGUGGAGGGGGAUCUGCACAUAGACUGCGAAAAGAGGAGCUUCACCACGCUGCAGCAUUUGACCGGCCCCAGCUCGCAGUUCUACCACUUGCUGUUGCACGGGAAUUCACUGUCCAGGCUGUUCCCAAACGAGUUCGCCAACUUUUACAACGCGGUGAGCUUGCAUUUGGAAAACAACGGCUUGCACGACAUCGUGCCCGGCGCGUUCCUGGGGCUGCAGCUGGUGAAGAGGCUGCAUAUCAACAACAACAAGAUACGGUUGUUCAGGAAGAGCACGUUUCUAGGAUUAGACGACUUGGAAUACCUGCAAGCGGAUUUCAAUCUAUUGAGAGACAUCGACCCGGCCGUUUUCAGGGACCUAAAUAAACUUGAAGUGUUAAUCCUUAACGACAACCUCAUCAGCUCGCUACCUAUAAACGUGUUCCAACAUGUGCCCAUUACGCAUCUCGACCUGCGGGGGAACCGAAUCAAAACGGUGCCUUAUGAGGGGAUCCUCGAGCAAAUACCGGGCAUUGCGGAGGUUUUGCUGGAGGACAACCCAUGGGACUGUAACUGCGAUUUGGCUUCUCUUAAGGAAUGGCUGGAGAACAUCCCGCAUAACGCGCUUAUUGGGAGGGUGAUAUGCGAGGCACCCACCAGGCUGCAGGGGAGCGACCUGAACGAGACGUCAGAGGAGGAUCUGUGUCCUUCACAGAGCGGGGGCGUGGACACCAGCCUGGUCGCCCCUCCCACCCAGGAGGAGGUGGCAGUCACAGUGGCCCGUGGCCCCCGUCCCACGCCUUACAAGCCCAGCGGAGACGCCAGCGGCCCGCCGACACCUGGCGGCCACGGAUCCAAAAGCCGCUCCAAAUCUCGUGAGAACUGGCAGCUGAAAACUAAGCCCACUCCAGUGGGCACAGGUGUGAGCGGCGAGAGAGAGCAGCUGCACAACAUCACGUGCCCCCAGCCGUGUAACUGCAAGCUGGUGGGCUCCAGACAGGGGCUGGGGGUCAACUGUGAGGGCAAGAAGAUCGAGAGCUUAGCCAACCUAAAGCCCAGGCCCUUGGUGGCGCACGAGUUGAACAUGAGAGAUAACAACAUACACGGAGUGAAAAAGAACCAGCUGUUGGCCUACUCCAGCCUAAACCAGCUGGAUCUGGGCGGCAACAACAUCAAGAUGAUUGACAACGGCACUUUCCAGAACCAGAGCGAGCUCAGGUGGCUUUAUAUGGAUAAGAACUAUCUGGAUACGCUGCUAGCAGAGAUGUUCGUGGGCCUUGUGAAUCUGGAAUAUCUCAGUUUGGAAUACAACGACAUCCAGCUGAUAGUGGCAGGCGCCUUCGGCCCCAUGCCCAAUCUGAGGGUUCUGCUCCUCAACAACAACUUGCUCAAGGCUUUACCUGUGGAUGCUUUUCUUGGGAUUUCCUUAUCCAAAAUUAGCCUGCAUAAUAAUUAUUUCCCCCACCUCCCCGUGGCUGGCGUCUUAGACCAGCUCAAUUCAAUCAUACAGAUCGAUUUGCACGGGAACCCCUGGGAUUGCUCGUGCAACAUCGUGCCCUUCAAGCAGUGGACGGAGAAACUCGGGGCCGAGGUGAUCGUGGGCGACCUCAAGUGCGAGUCCCCGGAAGAGUUCUGGAAACGAGAUUUCCGCUUCGUCCGGAAUGACCUCAUGUGCCCGAGACUCUAUGACCGGAUCGCCCCGACCACGCUGUCCAAAAACAGCACUUUCACCCUGGACUCGGGGACGCGCUCAAACACUUACUUGGAGCCCAACAGGGUCUCCAUCUCGGUGCUCGUCCCCGGGUUGCUGCUGGUGUUCGUCACGUCCGCGUUCACUGUUGUGGGGAUGCUCGUCUUUAUUUUGAGGAACCGAAAGAGGUCAAAGCGGAGGGAGGGGAACUCGUCCGCCUCGGAGAUCAAUUCCCUGCAGACAGUGUGCGACUCGUCCUAUUGGCACAGUGGGCCUUAUCACGCAGACGGGGGCGCACACCGGGUCUUCGACUGCAGCACGCACCUCUCCACAACAAAUGACGCGUAA